AUGGGAAACAAAUCUUCUACAGGCAUCUAUUGUAACAGAAUUCAAUUGAAUUCUACCUUAAUCCAUAAGCUUUCUUUGAUUUCUUCAAUUGAAUCCCAUUUUCAAUUCAUUUCUUUCGGUUUGGUUACUUUUUCAAGUAUAAGAAUGGAUUACUUAGUUCCGAAGCUUCAGAGGCAGUCGCAAACGAGCUCGGAGUUUCUGUACUUGGGCACUUUGGUGAAUACUCAUGGAGCCACCGACAAUAGUGUUAUGCAGCAACAACACCCACGUGGCAGUAGCACCGGCGACGAGAGCAGUGCUGCGAAUUCGAGAAAAUUUGACUCGCCGGAGCUCCGCCCUUUGCCGCCGCUUUACGGUCACAACAAUGUUAGGCGAAAUUACGGUAAUGGUGAUGUGGGGUCCGCUACACAUCAAUUUUAG